AGGUAGGAACUACAACUGCAGUCUAGCACCGCUGCAGCUCACAUUUAUCUGACAACUACUGAGCUGUGUCUUGUGGGCCACGACAGCAGUUCUGUCGCUCGUUGGUCUGCGGAACUACUUGACCGUUUCUCCCCAUAAAUCCACUCCCUUAAUUCUGCAAGCAGCUCCUCUCACUACUUAGCUCUUUCCUCGAGUGUGUUUCCGGGUAAUCUGGGACAAGCGGAAUCGAGCGGGUCAUGGCCUUCCUUGGGAGCGCAGUUUGGCGAGUGUUCUCAGCAGUGAGGCCUCCUCUUUCUCCGCUGUGCCGGACAAGCACUCGGUCCUACAGCUCGAAGCCCACCAAGGAAAAGAGUGUUCCCUACGAGAAGACACUCAAACAGGAGGAUGGAGCCUCCUCAGGACCCACUAAGCCAUUACCCAGGUCAGCUGAUGCGGUGGUGAUUGGAGGAGGAAGUCUGGGCUGUCAGACCAUUUACCACUUGGCCAAAAUGGGAAUGACUAAUGUAGUUCUACUGGAGAGAGACAGACUGACUGCUGGCACCACCUGGCAUACUGCAGGCCUCCUGUGGCAGCUGCGACCCAGUGAUGUUGAGGUAGAGCUCUUGGCCCACACCAGGAAUGUGAUUAGCAAAGACCUAGAGGAGGAGACGGGUCUCCAUACAGGCUGGAUCCAGAACGGAGGGCUCUUCAUUGCUUCCAACAAGCAAAGACUUGACGAGUACAAGCGCCUCAUGUCGCUGGGUAAAGUUUAUGGUAUUGAGUCCCAUGUCCUUUCACCGGCUGAGACGAAGGACCUGUAUCCUCUGAUGAAUGUCGAUGAUCUUUAUGGAACACUGUAUGUUCCAAAAGACGGCACCAUGGACCCUGCAGGUACCUGCACAACCUUGACCAGGGCAGCCACUGCCCGAGGAGCCACGGUGAUCGAAAACUGUCCUGUAACUGGCAUUCAAGUGCGAACUGAUGAUAUCGGUGUGAAGAGGGUAAAGGCAGUGGAGACACAACACGGAACCAUUGAGACACCUUGUGUGGUGAACUGUGCAGGUGUGUGGGCCACCAAGCUGGGAGAAAUGGCCGGAGUCAAGGUUCCUCUCAUUGCUAUGCAUCAUGCCUAUGUGGUAACAGAGAGAAUCGAGGGCAUACAGCAGGAGGGCAAAAAAGGAUCGAAGAAGAAGUCCGUAAAAGCAGUCGAGGAAGGAUACCUCUUAAAGUCGCAGCACUGCAGAUUUUCAAAAUUGGUGUGUUUUAGGGGUAAACGAGAGAAAGUAAAUGUGUGGUGUUAUUUUAAGGUUACUCAAGGUUUCAAGGUUAUUGGAAGUAAGCCAGUCAUUUAUUAUCAGUGUGCCUUUUAUUUAAUUAUUUAUUUUUUUAAUAUUUCCCAGGUGUCUGAUAAGUUCUCCUUCAGCCUGUUCGAUCUGGACUGGGAUGUCUUUAUGCAAAAUAUUGAGGGUGCAGUCAACAGAGUUCCUGCUCUGGAACAGACUGGCAUUAAGUCCACUGUCUGUGGACCAGAGUCAUUCACAGCAGACCAUAAGCCUCUGAUGGGAGAAGCACCAGAGGUCAGAGGUUUCUUCCUGGGCUGUGGCUUCAACAGUGCUGGUAUGAUGCUGGGAGGUGGUUGUGGUAGAGAGCUGGCUCACUGGAUCAUACAUGGCCGCCCUGAAAAGGAUAUGUACGGCUAUGACAUCAGGCGCUUUCAUAACUCGCUGACAGACAACAAACGGUGGAUCAGAGAGAGGAGUCACGAGUCGUAUGCUAAGAACUACUCUUUGGUGUUCCCCUUUGAUGAGCCGCUGGCCAGCCGAAACAUGAGGAAGGAUCCUUUCCACCAGGUGCUCACAGAGCAGGGCUGCAUGUUCCAAGAGCGGCAUGGCUGGGAGAGACCUGGCUGGUUCAACAAAGAAGGACCUGCUCCUGUUAAAGACUAUGAUUAUUACGGAGCUUACAAUGUGAAGAGGAAUGAAAAGUACAAAUACAAUGAACUGCUGGGUCAAGAGUACACCUUUGACUUCCCUCCACAUCAUGACGUGAUUAAGAACGAGUGCCUCUCAUGUAGACACAGUGUGGCUGUGUUUGACAUGUCCUACUUUGGGAAGUUCUAUCUCACUGGACCCGAUGCCAAGAAGGCAGCUGAUUGGCUGUUCACUGCUGAUGUCAACAAGAAGCCAGGUACCACUGUGUAUACCUGCAUGCUGAAUAAAAGAGGAGGGUCAGAGGCCGACCUGACUGUGAGCAGACUGGAGCCUGGUGUGGCCAACCUGCCCCUGGCACCAGAAUCCAGCGGUGAUGCAUAUUACCUGGCCAUUGGAGGCGGUGUGGCAGAACACAACUGGAACCACAUUAAAACAGUUCUUCAGGAUCAAGGCUUUCGCUGCCAGUUGGCGGACCACUCUGAGGACAUGGGGAUGAUCAGCAUCCAGGGGCCCAAAAGGUUGGAACAACCAGAAGCUUUCCUACACAACCAGGCUCCACCAUCAGCUAGCUGGUCCAACCAGCAGCCCACAACCAGGCUCCACCAUCAGCUAGCAGGUCCAGCCAGCAGGCCACAAACAGGCUCUACCAUCAGCCAGCAGGCCACAACUAGGCUCCACCCUCAACCAGCAGGCCACACAGCCAGGCUCUACCAUCAGCUAGCAGGCCACACAGCCAGGCUCUACCAUCAGCCAACAGGCCACAACCAGGCUCCACCAUCAGCUAGCAGGUCCACCCAGCAGGCCACAACCAGGCUCUACCAUCAGCCAGCAGGCCACACAGCCAGGCUCUACUCAGCUAGCACAUCCAACAACCAGGCCCAACCAUCAGCCCACAGCCAGGCUCCACCAUCACCUACCAGGCCACAUCAGCUAGCUGGUCCAAGCCAGCAGGCCACAACCAGGCUCCACCAUCAGCCAACAGGUCACAACCAGGCUCCACCAUCAGCUAGCUGGUCCAAGCCAGCAGGCCACAACCAGGCUCCACCAUCAGCCAGCAGGCCACACAGCCAGGCUCUACCAUCAGCCAACAGGCCACAACCAGGCUCCACCAUCAGCCCACAGCCAGGCUCCACCAUCACCUACCAGGCCACAACCAGGCUCUACCACAGGUCUACCAGGUCUAUCUCCUCUUCUCUGACCCCUCUCCCAUCACAGGUGCGAGCUAUGCGCCUGUCAUUUGUCGGAGAGCUCGGCUGGGAGCUGCAUAUUCCCAAAGAUUCCUGCCUUCCAGUCUACCAUGCUGUCAUGGCUGCUGGUGCAAAGCACGGCAUCAUCAACUCAGGCUACAGAGCCAUCGACUCGCUCAGCAUAGAAAAAGGGUACAGGCAUUGGCACGCCGACCUGCGCCCUGAUGACACACCACUGGAGGCGGGGCUAGCCUUCACCUGCAAGCUGAAGAGUUCAGUCCCUUUCCAGGGUCGUGAUAUGUUAGAGAAACAGAAGAAGGAGGGACUGAAGAGGCGCAUCGUCUGCUUCACCACUGAUGAGAAAGUCCCAAUGUUUGGUCUGGAGGCCAUUUACCGCAAUGGUGUUCCUGUUGGUCACCUCCGACGUGCUGACUAUGGCUUUUAUAUUGACAAAACUAUUGGUUAUGGAUACAUCCGCAAUCCAGAUGGAGGAGUGGUUAGCGCUAACUUCAUAAAGAGUGGUGAGUUUACCCUGGAGAAGAUGGGAGUAGUAUACAAGGCCAAAGCACACCUCAAAUCUCCUUUUGACCCUGAGAAUAAGCGUGUCAAGGGCAUCUAUGAUUGAGAACAGACCACAAAUGUAAAAACGGACGAAAAACACACCAGCUACAGAACGGCACCAGAGUUGGAGGGAUUUACAACCUUUUGUACGAGCAGCUGUUUUUGUUUUCUGUCAAAUACAAGUUCAUCUCAAAUGUUGUUAAUUUUGUUCUGAUUUGAAGGGACUCAUGCACGUAUGAUCGAUUUUAUGCUCAUUUGUAAAAUGUUGCAUGUUGAAAGCUGGUGAAAAAUGUAAAAUGUGCAUCAGUAAAAAUUAGAUAUGACUGGAUUGUUAAGGGUGCUUCUGUUUCUUGUCUCCACGUUUUUAUAUCCACUCUGAGAGUAACAGCACUCUGUUUGAAUCGUCAUGCAAGUACUAAUACCAUGAAAACGUUCAAGGGAUACACUGAUCGUAUUAUCUCUAAGAGUCGAGGGAUUUGUGGUCCAGAUUGCCUUCAUCUUUCCAGAGUUUAACUUAAAAACUUUAAUAACGGAUGAUGUAUUUCAAACCGUUUCUUUUUUUUUAAUAAUAAGUAAAACAUCUGUUGGUUGUUUAGGUCAAAGGAUCAACAGCCAGAUAUAGUAAAAACAGUUAACUGUAAUCUGCAACUAACCCAGUUAGUAGAGUUUUCAGUGCAACUCUUUGGAUAGAAUUUGGUCAGUAAUCUGUGUGUGUGUGUGUGUGCGGGUGUGUGUGUGUGUGUGUGUGUGUGUUUUCUAAACAGUACAAACAGCUGAUACAACGGAUAUUUGGAUGUUUUUAUCCAAAGUAAAUAUCAAUAAAUAUACUUCUCAGUUUGUUGGAAGGUCCUUUGAAAAAGCUAAUCAGGCUCAAGAGAAAACUAUCCUUUAUUAGAAGUACUUUGAUAUUAAUGGCGGUGUUAAUUCGACCUUUUACUUGGUUAUACUAAUACUCUGUAAUGGGGAGUAAAAGUAUUCUCAUAACAAUGCAGACAUUUACAGAGAAUACAAUAACUGUUUGUGCUGAUAAUGAUGACAAAAUCCAGAGGCUUUUUUUUUGUUUGUUCUCUAAAUCUGAAACAGACAUCCUGGAAGAGAAAGGAAGGCAAAAAAAAGAAACACCCAAAGGCACGACGUACCAGGGAAACAAGACACUAAUGAAGUAGAAUAACAGAAGACAGCAGUUUUCAGAAAACAGUUGUGGGAAAAUGAUUUUGAAUGAUGAAAAAAGAUCUCCUUUGUCUUCUGAUCCAUCCCCUCAUGGUCAUGGCAUUUUGUGUUAAUGUACCGCCUUUUGUUCUUUAACAGAGAAGUUUGCUAAAUAAGACGAGCAGUUAAUUUAUGCAUAGGUAAACCUCUCAUUUUAUCUCUGCUAUAAUUGCUUAAUAUUUAAAUUUGAAACUAAUAGUAAAGCAAGACAUGACUUUAUAGAUGUCAUGCUGGGAAAAAUGAAGUUGAUGAAUACCUUGGCUUAUAUUGAUUUUUUUAAAGACUAAAUGCUCUUAAUGUACAGAGAAUCUUAUCUUUAAUGUAGGUGCUGUUUUUUAGUUAUAAUUAUUCUUAGUGUUUACACAAGUAUCUAAAUCUGGUUUGACACUCAUAAGACAAUGUUUUGUUUACUCUAACUUACACGAAUACACUUCGAGUCCAGCACACACACUGUGAACAGCUCAGAAAAAGGUGUCUAAAUAAGGGAAGGCAUUUGUAUGUGUGUUUCAUGCUUCUCCCGCCGAUGUUUGUUGAAACCGGUUCAGCACGAAAUGUUUACUAAUGUGGAAUGAUUCAUCGAUUCUGCUCACAAGGCCAUUAAUCAUUGCAAUGGUUGUUCUCAGGAGCAGUCUAGGUUAAUAACGAGAUUUAUGUGGGAAAUUUGAAACACGCUGAUAAAACACUGCAGCUCUUUUAUCACAUUGUAGGUAGAGUUUCUGUUUCUUUUGUUUGUUUGUUUUUUAGCUUUUUCUUCCUGUAAUAUGAUUAAACACUGAAAACCUCUCAAUGGAAAACUGGCUUGUUGUUAAAAUUGAUCUUGUUAUUGGAUGUUUGGAUGUACAUUUGGACUGUGCGUUUAUUAUUAAUGCUUAGAGAGAAAAUAUGAUCAGUUUAAAAUGAAUAAAAAAUGAGAGGUGGAAAGAUGUGGCGGCAUGUCAAAUUAUAAAGCAAAUGUUAACCCUCAUUCAUUUCUUCUGUCCAACGCGAUUUGUGUUUUAAUAAAUGUCUAUUUAACAUUCAA